UCGCAACGCAACAACCUGCCACUGCAAAAGUUGCGGACUAGGUAAUCGCGCAAACAUGAACUCUCUCUUCAACUCCGCCCUGCGGCAAUCCACGUCAAUACGCAAAGACCUCGAUGCCUUCGCCGAAAGCAGCUCUCUUUCGCCUGCCCUCCUAGGGCAGAUCAACGCGUCCCUGACGUCGUUCAGCCGCACCAUCGACGACUACAACCGUCUCGCGAAGCAGGAGAUGGUCGCUGCUAAGCAGGAAAAGGCAUAUGAGCGCAUCAAGAACUUCCGCGGCGAGCUCACCGAUUACCGCGAGCAGUUCACGAAGCUCAAGCAGGAGAAUGACGAGCGGCAAUCGGUACAAACGCGCGCAGAGCUCCUCGGCCGCCGGCCCCACCACACCAGCACCCCGGAAAACCCAUAUGCUGCUACCAGUGCGGCGCAAAACUCACCCUGGCGGCCUUCCUCCGGCGCAGGGCCCUCAUCGCUCGGCGCUGGACCUGGCGACUACACGCGCGAGGCGCACGCGUUCCGCGAGCAGUCAUUCAUGUCGAGCACGAAUGCGCAGUUGGACGAGUUUCUGGAGCGCGGACGUGCCGUGCUGGGCGACUUGGGGGACCAGCGCGAGAUGCUCAAGGGGACGCAGCGGAAGCUGUACAGCGUAGCGAAUACGUUGGGAGUGUCGGGCGAUACGAUUCGCAUGGUGGAGAGGCGCGCGAAGCAGGAUAAGUGGAUAUUUUGGGGAGGGGUGGUUGUGUUUUUUGUCUUUUGCUAUUUGAUGCUGAAGUGGUUGAGGUGAAGAGGGUAGGGCCAUGGGGAGGAGUGGAGAAAUGGCAGUUUUUACUUCUUCGCGGUUGCGGGUCUGCUCUUAGCGCGGCGUCAGGGUUGGCUUGGGCUUGGACUUUUGGGAUCUGGGAUAGCGAGGGCCUAUAACAUAGUAGAGUUUGUCGAUCGAAUGAUGGGCUCGAACAAUGGGCGCUGGCUGCAGACUACUGCCAUAUACCUUAGGCUAAGCAAGUUUGAUCUCUACC